GCAGGGCCGGCAGACUAUGACCCGGUGGUCGGGAUCAUAGGUAAAGCUGUCGAGACCCAUUAUAUAUGUUUACCGUGCAAAUAAUAUUAAGGUAGGGCGUAGUAAUAGAUAAAAUAUAAGUGAUUAUUAUGAGUGAUGUGUGGGAAGCAAGUGAUCGAUGAUAUGUAACAAUGUUAUAUAUCGAUCGAUGUCGAUGUUGGUUGAUGGAUUGACUGAUAUUCUGACUAUUAGUCUUGUUUACCUUGCCUCUAGGUUCUUCUUCCCCUGCUUAGCUUUCGCUUCUUAGUUAAAUGAUAUACUUUCUUUUCUUUUUCCUCUCUUGUUUUCCCUGGAUGAUAAGCCUUAUCGAUAGAGAGCUGGCUGGCCGGCUGGCGGUUAGUUUGGGUUUUCUUUUUCUGGUCGUGCUGGAAUUAUUUUCUUUUUGGACCAAUUACCAUCCACUCUUUCACUGAAAUCCUCUUUCACUUCACCCGCCCUUUGCCCAUGUCGAUCUCCAAGUCACCCACCCCGCAUAUUUCGCCCUGCGGGGUACCUCCAUCCGCCCGGCAGGGGUCUCCUCUUUCACCGAAAGUGAGCCGGAUAAAAGGGGUGUAUUUUAGAGCCAAGUUCAAUUAAAGUAUUAGG